AUGCGACAAAAGUGGGAUAGGGCAAACAGACUUUGUUUAAAAAUCAUCAAACAUUCUAUAUCAGAUUCCAUUAUAGGAGCUAUUCCAGACAAUGAUAAUGCUAAGCAAUUUUUGGGUGCCAUAGGACAAAGGUUUAUUGAAUCUGAUAAAACUGAAACUGGAGACCUCAUGGAUAGACUGAUGAGUAUGAAAUAUGAUGGUUCUAGUGGAGUUAGGGAGUACAUUAUGAAAAUGAUACAUAUAUCCUCUAAGCUAGAAGCCCUCAAAAUUUCCAUUGCUGAGCCUUUUUUGGUUUAUCAUGUUCUUAACAGUCUUCUUAGCCAGUUUAAUCAGCUAAAGGUAGCUUACAAUGUCCAGCGAGAUAAAUGA